GCCCUCAAUGCACCCUGGUUGCAUCUUCCGGUCACGUUGCUCACUGUUUACGGUGCUAGAUGAGCUGUCGGGCACCUCGUCCUUCACAUACUCUAUCUCUCUCUGUCUUUCCCCAUCCCUCUUACCUUGGGGGGUCUGUAUCCUCCGGCUGCCCCCGGCUGCACAGGACAGGACAGGACAGGACCGACCUGCCAGCGCAGCGCAGCGCAGCGCAGAGCCUUUGUUCUAACCGGGAGCUCACCCUCUCUGUGUGAGUGUGUGGGUGUCUGUGUGUCUCUCCCUGCACCGGACUCUGCCCGGUAACCAUGGAGACGUCGUCGCUGGAGCGGCAGCUGCAGAGCGUGCAGCGAAACGUUGCAUUCCUGAAGGGGGAGCACAUGGAGCUACUGCAUGGCCUGCACAUGGAGAUCCUGCAGCUGCAGAAACGAUGCACUGAACUCACAUGUGAGCUGACAGAAAAGUCGUCAAAACAUGACCCGUCAGCAGCAGCAGAGAGUGAGGGAGUGCCGGACUGCGGGCCGCUGGAGCAGCUGCUGCAGGAGAGGGAGCAGCGUAACACGGCACUGCGAAGGGAGCUGCAGCGCAAGGAGUCGCUGAUCAGGGCGCUGGAGGGGAGCAUGCGGCGGCGGGAGCGCCUCUUCCUGGACGAGCUGAAGCGCCGGGGCCACCGCAUGGCGGUGCUGAGCAGCGAGCUGCAGCGCCAGUCGGAGGCGGCUGCCGGACUCACCCUCCAGCUGCACAACGUCAAGCUCAGGCUGGGCGUCUCCCGGCCCCCUGACCAUCCUCCCGACAGAGCCAUCCCCUCCUCCCCCGUCUACACGCUGAAGAAGGCCCACAAACUCCACUGCAGAGCGCCCGCCACCGUCUGUGGCAGCAGCGGCGGAAGCAGCAGAGCUCCAGGCAGAAGCUGCAACCAGCAGAGAUACCUCCCUGGCUGGGACGCCAUGCCCGACCCUGCCUUAUUCCUGCAGGCGAGACGACACCAUCCCCACCCGCAACCCCAUCCCCAUCCCCAACCCCGGCCCCAGCCCUCCAUCUCGGACCACAGCAGCUGGAAACCACCCAGAACUCCAACCCAGGGAGCCUCAAAACCCUUGGACCUUCUGGGACCUCCAGCAGAUACUGAGAUCCCCCUCACUGACGACGACAGCAACGGGGAAGACCCCCAGAAGUGACCCGGAGGUCCCCUCUUUAUUGUUUGGUGAUUUGGAGACCGGGGAGGGGGAGGGGGAGAGAACUUCCCCAAGUAGGUUAAAAGGGCACCUCAGGAGGUGACCCUCGUGGUGGACAAUGAGAGUUGCGGAGCCCUUGACUGUGUGGGCCAGCUGGGUAGAGACCCCCCCAGUGUGUAUCCUCUCCAGUGGAGUCAACGUUCUUCAUCUCCAGGCUUGACUUUGCCCUGGACCUUCUCCCUCGACCUCAACCUCAACGCUGCCCUGGGUCAAACACAACCAAAGGGAUGGGGAGUGUAAGCCUUGUCUGAGGUGGUACAACCCAAGCUGGCAGAUCCUGCACAGCUCUGACACUUAGGAACUGCAGGCGCUGAAAUCCUGAGCCAAACUCAAAGUGCUGGGUUUAUAGGCUAAAUUUCCCCUGGUGUGUAUGGAGUGGAUGACAAAGUGGGAUAAUGUUGGACUAGUAUGAACGGGUGAUCAAUGGUCAGCAUGGAUUCGGUGGGCCGAAGGGCCUUCUUCUACACUAAACUAAACUUGAUACAACAAUUGGCUUUUGGAUUCACAGUGGCGCAGCGGGUAGAGCCGCUGCCUCACAGCGCCAGAGACCCGGGUUCAAUCCUGACCUCGGGUGCUGUCUGUGUGUGGAGUUUGCACAUUAUCCCUGGGAUCACGUGGGUUUCCUCCUGGAGCUCAGGCUUCCUCCCACUUUCCAAAUAGGUGCAAGUUUGUAGGUUAAUUGGCCCUCGGUAAAUUGCCCCUUGUGUGUAGAAUGUGAAAGUGGGAUAGCAUGGAACUAGCGUGUCGGUGUGGACUCGGUGCGCUGAAGGGCCUGUUUCCACAUUGUAGCUUAAGCUUAGAGAUACAGUGCGGAAACAGGUCCUUCAGCCUGCCGUGUCCGCGCCCACCAGCAAUCGCUGCACACUUGCACUAUCCUAUACACACUGGGGACAAUUUACAAUUUUACUAAGCCAAUUAGCCUGCAAACCUGUACAUCUUUGGAGUGUGGGAGGAAACCGAAGUACUUGGAAAACCCCCCCAGAGGUCACGGGAAGAAGGCAGGAGAAUGUGGUUGAGAGGGAAAGAUAGAUCAGUCAUGGUUGAAUGGUGGAGUAGACUUGAUGGGCCGAAUGGCCAAAUUCUGCUCCUAUAACUUAUGAACCUCUGACUCAAAACGUCGACUGACAAUUGAAUUGCCCUCCGCGGAGACGGCCUGACCCGCCGAGUUCUUCCAACACUUUUCUUUGUUGUUUUGCUGAAAAUAU